AUGUUGUUGCGUCGUGAUGAAUUGCAAAAACAAGUGGCUGAAGGCAGUCUUAGUUUAACUGGCAGUAAUGAUGUGUUGACCUUGGCUUUGGGUCCCGAGCAUCCAAGGAGAGUAAGAGGGGUAGGUGCUGGGAUUUCCCCUAGGCAAUUCUUCAAUUUACCUAGACCACAGAGGAUAAAGUUUGCCGAUCAAUUGAAGGAAAGUGUAAGAAUUGUCCUUCAAGAAGAGACUAAGAAGAUGGAAGCUAGAACCAAACAAUUGGUAGAGGCUGAGAGGGAACAUUUACUAAGUCAGCUUUCCCAACUCAUCCCCAAUUUUGAUCCAAGCAUGCUUAAACCGAAAACUAGCCCCUGUCAAAACCAAGGUCUAGAGCAAAGUCCCAAAAAUCCAAUGUCUGAUAAAGCAAGCUGUUCUGGGGCUGAUGUGAGAUCCCUACAUUUAGAGGAUGAUACUGCCAAAAAUGGGGAACAGCAGGAAGAAACGGGGAAGAUCAUGACCUUCAACAUUGAGAAGGAGGUGGUUGGUGCAGAUCGCAGUACCUUCGUCUUGCAUGAAGAUAUUACACAGUUUGCAGGCAUGGAAGAAAUUGGGGCUACUGUGGUUGCAGUAUAUAUGAGGUGCUUAUAUGAUCGUUUGAGAGAAGCAAAUAUGUGCAACAUGGUUGGCUUUAUCGACCCUGCUCAAGUUAGUGCCAACGCUGGGUCACUAACUGACAGAUCACGAAUUGUAGCCAGUCGACUUCAGAAAACAGAUGGUGAACAGAUUUUCAUGAUGCCUUACAAUCCAGGCCGUCAUUGGGUCUUGCUGAUUGUGAGAGCAAAGAGGGAAACCGUCUAUUUUCUAGAUCCUCUGCCUGGAACUCGUGUGGUUGAUGAGGAGGGCAAAAACAUCGUGAACAGUGCUUUAAAAAUUUAUAAUUCCCACAUAGGCAGACCAGGCCGUAAAGCACCAAUUUGGAAAACUCUGCCAGGCACACCAAAGCAACCCAGCAGUGUCGAAUGCGGGUAUUAUGUGAUGCGCUUCAUGAGGGACAUCAUCAUAGAUCCUUCCUUGGAGUUUGAGAAGAAGUUUGCCAAGGGAAAAGAGCAAGCGCCAUACCCCCAAGCAGCUAUUGAUGAAGUCCGGAAUGAAUGGGCAGAGUUUGUUUGCCUUCAUAUGGAAUAG